CUCCGCCAUUUUUCUUGGCUGGCGAAGGGAUGGGACCCGACCAUUAUUGGAAUUUGGAAACCAAAUCAAUUUUGAUGCAUUUUCUUCACUGUUACUGAAUUUGCUUUCGAAGGAUUCAAAUUCGCUUCCUUGUACGUUUUCUGCGAGCCAUUUCUUUUUCGAAAUCGAUUCGGAAUUACGAAAUCAUCGAUAUUCGGAGGAUAGAGUUCGCUUUCGCUUAGGUAAUUGGCUUUGUCCCCUCUGCAUUCCUCGUAAGUCUAAGGAUUCUAUUUCACCAAUGUUCCGUCGUAGGAGCAAUAGCUAUAGUUCAUCUGAUUUAGAGGAACUUCUAGAGAUUGAGACAAGAUGUCGGCAGCUAAAGAAAGAAAAGGACACACUAAUAGAUUCACGGCCUCAAAGCUUUGAACUGAUAAGGCGGCUGGAACUACAUGUGAACUCCUUAUCAGAAGCACGCAAGGAAGACAAGCUACGCAUUGAAAGCUUGGAGAAGGAGUUAACAAACUGCACUCAGGAAAUAGAUUACCUGCAGGAUCAACUAUGUACAAGGAACACAGAAUUAACCUACCUUGUAGAUCACGUGGAAAACCUCGAAUUUAAAUUAGUGCAUAUGGAGCAUUUGCAAGAAAAGGCUAGCAAGUUAGAGGAAGAGGUGAAACGUUCAAACUCAGAGUGUCUUUUCUUGAUGCAGAAACUAGAUGACAAGGAGCGGGAGCUACGAGAAUCAAAUUCCAGUGUAGAAAAACUUGAGGAGUCCAUCUCAGCUUUGACAUUGGAGUCCCAAUGCGAAAUUGAGAGUAUGAGAUUAGAUAUGUUGGCCAUGGGGCAACGUUACUUAGAAACUAAGAAAUUCCAGGAAGAAGCUUUUAGUCAAAAUGAUAAAAUGGAUAGAUUGAUUGAGGAGCUUCAGAAUGCACAGAAAAAUGUCAAGUCUCUGGAGAGAGAAAAUGAGGAACUUAGAAGAGAGCUGGAUGUGUCAACAAGAAAUGCCUCCACAUUUUGCCGAAGUGUUGAGGAAUUGAUUGAAAACAAGGAGAGAUCACAAAAUACUAUGAGGAAUGACCGAGAUAGCAAGUUAACAUUACUUGAGAAUAGUUGUGGCGAUGUCUUCGGCCAUCUUCUUCCAAAAUUAGCAGUUUCACUAUUUGCAGAUACCAAUUCAGGAGUCAAAAUAGAUGUGAUGACAAAGCAGAUACUAGAUUAUGAACUUCUUGUGGAGCAACUCAAGGAGGAGUUAAGAGAGGAGAAGUUGAGAGCAAAAGAAGAAGCAGAGGACCUUGCUCAAGAAAUGGCUGAGCUAAGGUACCAAAUUACUGGUUUGCUUGAAGAAGAGUGCAAACGCCGGGCUUGCAUUGAGCAGGCGUCUUUACAGAGAAUUGCCCAGUUAGAGGCACAGGUUCUAAAAGGACAAAAAAGAUCAUUUCCUGUUGCAAGGUGCAUGCGGGAAAUAUAGUAGCCGGCGUGUCCAUUAAAAGCUGCUUGAGAACGAAUGUAAAUAAGAGGUUUGCAUUGCCUUGCUUUACUAAUGUCAUCAUUCCUGCAACCCACCUCUUUCUCAUUCGUUUGCUCCAACUCAUGCUUUGCAAUGGAGUAGCAUACUUUCAGAACUGGUGAAUUUCACUGCAAAAUAAAACAAUGACACCUAUAUCCUCCUCUUGGUUUUCCCAAAUGUGUUCGUCUUGAGUAGAAAAACUUUGCAACCCAACUUUUGUACCUAAUAUUCAGCCAAUUCAGCUUCUUACAGAGCAAAGACAUGCACUUGUAGAUGAUGAUAAAGAAUGAUAGAGUAGGUUCCAUAAAUGGAGUUGUGCUACAAGGUUUUGCCCAUUGUUACUGAGGAAUGUGAAGUAGAUUUGCUUUGUCACAGUUUUUUCUGGCCGCUCUGAUUUUGAAUUUUUUUAUAUUAUUAUUUCUUUUAUCAGAGUGGCUUUUCUCAGAGUGUUGGUUUGCCACAAUUUCCUCACUGUUGUAGAUAUAUGUGUAUUUGUAUUUGAAACAUGAAUGCUGGAUUUGUGCAUUUUGUAAUAUGGGAAGUUUUGAAUUCACCCAUUCCAUGUUUUCUUUUGAUCAA